AUGUCUGACACUGAAGUACCAUUUCAGGUACACGUCAGAAAUACUUUUAUUAUUAUUUUUUAGCCGUUCGGUUAGGUUAGAAAUAUAAUAGAAAGAUAACAGAAAUUUAAUCAAUAGGUUGAUGCCAAAAUGGCCAGGUGGUCGCUAUUAUUAGGAAUAUGUUUUAUUAAUAUAGUUCUAGCAGUCGAUAAAAAUAAUUUUAAAACAUGCGAGCAAAGUAGUUUUUGUCGGCGUUUAAGAAAGUAUCAAGCAGGUGAUAGUGUAUAUCAAGCUGAUUUAUCAUCUUUACAAAUUACUGAGAAUGCUAUUGAAGUUGGGAUACAAAACACUCAAGUCGCUAAUGCAAAUUUAAAAUUAACGUUGACAGCGAUAGUUGGAAAUGUUUUUAGAGUUUCUGUAGACGAAAUAGAUGGAUUAUUUCCAAGAUACAAGCCUCAGUUUGCAUUAAAUGGCGAACCUCAAGUUGCUAAACUAGAAGUUUUACAAAGAGAUCAGGACAGUGUUACAGUAAAAUCAGAAAAUAACAAAGCUACUUUGACAGCAAAACCUUUAAAGCUUGAAUUUUAUAGAGAUGAUGUUUUGGUUACCAUUUUGAAUGGUAAAGGGCUUUUUGCAUUUGAGCAUUACAGAACCAAGCCAGAUGAAGGAGCAACAGAUCCACAAAUUCAGGAUGAUCCCGGUGCGUGGGAGGAGAAUUUUAAAACACAUCAUGAUACUAAACCAAGGGGACCUUCAGCUAUAGCUGGUGAUUUUACAUUUCCAAAUGCCCAAAGAGUCUAUGGUUUACCAGAACAUGGUGAUCAUUUAGCUCUUAGAACAACUCAGCAAAAUAAUUUAGACCCAUACAGACUUUACAACUUAGAUGUGUUUGAAUAUGAACUGGAUAGCACAAUGGCAAUUUAUGGUGCUGUGCCAAUUGUAUAUGCUCACAGUGCUGAACAUACUGUCGGUGUAUUUUGGCAUAAUGCAGCAGAAACUUGGGUUGAUAUAAAGAACAGUAAGGAUAUUAAUGUGGUAUCCUCUCUAGUAAAUCUUGUUAGUGGGAGUAAAACAGAGGCCAGCGUAGAUGUACGGUUUAUGAGUGAAAGUGGUAUUAUGGACUUUUUUGUACUAACGGGUCCAAAGCCAAAAGACGUCAUUAAACAAUAUGCGUCUUUAACCGGUGUCCAUGGUUUACCACAGCUGUUCAGCUUGGCGUACCAUCAAUGCCGCUGGAACUAUAACGAUCAAGAUGAUGUAACGACGGUGGUCGCCAAUUUUGAUAAUAAUAAUUUACCUGUUGAUGUAAUGUGGCUGGACAUUGAAUAUACAGAUGCCAAAAAAUACUUUACAUGGGAUCCUAUUAAAUUUUCAAAUCCCGAAAUUAUGGUUAACAAUUUAACUAGUACUGGAAGAAAAUUAGUUGUUAUUAUAGAUCCUCACAUUAAGAGAGAGGGUGGAUACUUUCUCCAUGAAGAUGCUUUGAAGUAUGACUUUUAUGUUAAGAACCACGAUGGAAGUGUAUAUGAAGGUUGGUGUUGGCCUGGAUCUUCAUCGUAUCUUGAUUUUUAUGAUCCGAAAACAGUUGAUUAUUACAAAAAGCUGUAUGCUUUAGAAAACUUCAAAGGUACCACUCAUGAUGUGUGGAUUUGGAACGAUAUGAAUGAACCUUCUGUUUUCAAUGGACCCGAAGUAACAAUGCCAAAGGAUUGCGUCCAUCAUGGUGGCUGGGAACAUAGGGAUGUUCAUAACGAAUAUGGUUUAGUACAUACAAUUGGAACUUACCAAGGUCUAAGACUCCGUUCUCCAAAUAAAAGACCAUUUAUUUUAACGCGUGGACAUUUUGCUGGUUCUCAGAGAUUUGCUGCGGUAUGGACUGGUGAUAAUGAAGCUAAAUGGUCUCAUCUCACUGCUAGUUUUCCCAUGUGUCUUUCUGAAGCACUUGGAGGAAUAAGUUUCUGUGGUGCUGAUGUUGGUGGUUUUUUCAAUAACCCUGAUAUUGAAUUGCUACAAAGGUGGUACCAGGCCGGAAUUUGGUUACCAUUCUUCCGUGCUCAUGCCCAUAUCGACACUAAACGACGAGAACCAUACUUAUUCUCAGACGAUGUAGUAAACAGAAUUAGAACGGCUUUAAGAUUGCGAUAUGUCCAUCUACCUUUGUGGUACACCCUCUUUUGGGAACAUGAGACUAAAGGAGAGCCUGUUAUUAGACCGUUGUUUUACCACUAUCCAGAUGAUGAAAAUGUUCUUGAUAUUGACAAUACAGCUUUGAUUGGUCAUUCCGUUUUGGCUCAUCCUGUAACGGAGCCAGGUGAAACAUCUGUAGACGUUUAUUUACCAGGAGGUAAAAAUGGGUAUUGGUAUGAUAUUCAAGACUUUCAACUCUAUCAUGGAGGAAAUCAUAAAAUAUCUGUGGAUUUAGAUAAGCAUGUAGCAUUCUACAGAGGAGGUUCGAUUAUUCCCAGGAAGGAUAGACCGAGAAGGUCUUCAGCAGUAAUGCAUCAUGAUCCUUUUUCAUUAUAUAUUGCAUUAGAUGAUAAACAGAAGGCAUCAGGAACACUUUAUUUGGACGACUAUGAGAGUUUUGAUUAUAAGAACGAGAAGCGAUAUACCUAUUUGAACUUUGAUUUCAGCAAUAACAAAUUCACUAGCAGCUUGAUUGAUAAAGCCACUUAUCCAACUGAAGAAUGGAUAGAAAAAAUUGUUAUUCUUGGCCCACCUGCUGGCAUUACCGGAGCUAAGUUAACAAGUAAAACUUUAGGAACAAUAAAUCUGGAGACAUCUUAUGACAAAGAGUCAAAAUCUCUAACAAUAAGAAAACCUGGUGCAAGUGUGCUAGAGCCAUUCACUAUUGAAUUAGUGUAAUUCAAUAAUGCUGUGAGUUAUAUAUUUGAUUUGUUCAAUAUCAUUUUGGGUUAUAUAUAGAUUAUAAAUGUAACAAAUUAGGUAUUUUGAAUUGUUCUGUGUUUAGAGGACAAGUGAUAACUGCAGAAGGAUAUUAUAAUAUUUAUAGUUGAUAGGGGUAAAAUUUAGAGAAAGUAAAUCAUUUUUUGUGAUAAAUAAAACAUUUUAAUCUAUACCUUUUUGUAUAGAACACUGAUGUAAUAAUUCUGUGUGAAUUUGAACAAAUAUUAAAAUCAUUUCAUUGUUAUUUACAAAUCAUAUAAAUUAUUUCAAGUGUACAAAUAGUAUAGAAAUAAAAUGUUCAUCUUAAGACCAGAA